UACGUCCCACACAUCUCAACAAAUGGGAUGUUUUAUUCUUAGCUUUGGAGUGUAGUUGUAGGGCUUAUUUGGUGGUUAAAAUGGAGGGUGUGUAUGCUGUUUGGGUAGGGAACAAAGGGGGUCCAUGUGUUGGGGUUUAUUAUGGGGAUGAUAUGUGUUGUUUUGGCUCUUGUGUUUCGGCCAGAAUUGAAGGGAAAAGGAUGAAAUAUUUGUGGGUCAUUUUGAACCGGGCAGAGCAUGGCACAAGAAAGUACAAAACUGUCGAAGCACGGUGGACUGGUGGAGGGAGUCGACAACACAGAUAAGACAGUCGACUGCAUUAAGGCUCUGAAGUGUACUCAAUCACUGGAUGGAAUAACGGUCCAUCCGAUGGAUCAUGAAAGCUCCACUAUGGAAGGGCUUCUGGGAGCACAGAUUUUGUCAGACCGAUUCAUGGUCCAACCACUGGACCGCGGGAUGGGUGUGGUUGUAGGGUCUCCAAUGAAAGGCAAACCAAGGGGAAUGGAUAUCAUUCUUUUGGGCUGAUUUGGGGGGGAUGUGUUCAGCCAACUAGGGGGGACAAAGGGAAAGGAUAAUGUGUGGUACUUUGGCUGCAUAUAUGAGGAUUUAUUUGGUGGUUAAAGGGUUAAGAAAGUACCAUGUUUCUCCUGGAAUUUUAUGGUUGUUUAGUGGGUUGUACUAGGGAACAUAGUAGGGACCAUGUUGGGUGGAUGUUGGAAGAUGAAUGGGGCUGUUUUGGUUUCCUAUUGUGACCAGAGAUUAAAAUAGAUAGAAGAGACUUUAUUUUGGAUAUCAAAAGGAAAUGAAAUAUAUUUGGAUGUUUAGG